AAUUUCGAUUACGUUGACUUUUCUUGGCUGGGAAAAACAAGUCCAAAUCUUUGAACUAGUUCCAUGAAUUCCUCUCACUCUCGCUAAUGGAAGCUCUGCUCUGCGAGAAGCUCGGAGAUCCGGUGGUGCCGAUCACCUCGCCGGCGUCGCCGAUCACCUUGGCGAAGACCCACCCUAUCCCUUCCCUCACCUCGCCGACCUCCGUCCGUGUCCGAGUCCAUGCGACGAGCUUGAACUAUGCAAACUACCUCCAGAUACUUGGGAAGUACCAGGAGAAGCCCCCGCUUCCUUUCAUCCCUGGCUCGGAUUAUUCUGGUGUUGUUGAAGCCGUCGGAGAAGCGGUCUCGCGAUUCAAGGUCGGUGAUCGUGUCUGCUCCGUCGCCGGUCUCGGAUCGUUCGCUGAGUUUAUUGUUGAUGAUGAGAAGGAUCUACAAUCGUGCUCGAGAAAGGUGGUAGAACAGGGUCCGCAUGAAAUCCUCUUGUCAAGGGAAGGAAGAUAUGCAGAGCUUUGGAUCAACAGACCAACAAAUGAUGGCAUUAAUACAAUUUCAGUAGUAUAAGCAGUUCAUCAGACCAACAAAUGAUGCGAUGCUAUGGUGCUACCAAUUUAAUUUCACAAGUAUAAAGUUCAAUUGCUAAAGUUCAAUGCCUGCAAAAGACAACAUUCGCCUCAAAUUUUCUUCUCUUGUAUACAUAUGUAUGUACACACACAGAUGAAAAAGUAGGUGUAUAUAAUGUGUUCAAAGAGUUAUUUUUUCUUGUCGUUGGAAUGUGUGGAACAGUAAGCUUCAGUACACUUUACAAGUUACAUGUAUGAGAUUUGUAACAUACACAUUGCUUGCUUAUUCUAUGCACAGACUUUGUGAUGUGCCUGUGAGAA